AUGUGGGAUGGAAAGCCCGUCCCUGAAGAGGUUUUCGAGCAAGGUCCUCCUCACGUGGCGGCCUUUAAGCCUGAACAGGUGCUAUACCGGCUUAAGUCGUUGCGGAUGCCUUCGGAUUGGCUCUAUGCGGUUCCAUCUGCGAGGAGCCGCAUUGGAUCCUUCCCCCGCGGUUGGAUCCCGAUCUUGGUCGAACAUGUCAAGCUCGGGCUGCAGUUUCCUCUUGACGACCUCCUGACGCGGAUAUUGCAUCGACUGCAAUGCACUCUGGGUCGCCUUUCGCCUACGAUUAUCUUUCAUUCGAUCAUGUAUCGUUUGGCGUGUGAGCGCCUCAAGGAGGAGCCCUCGUUUGAUGCAUUCAGGAUGAUUUAUAACAUUAGAGACUCGACUAACUGUUGGUCGAUUGGGAGGCGGGAAAACUCGGUGGGUUUCGUUACUGGGGCGCCCAAGCUUGAUUCACCGUGGUACAAGGAGUACUUUUUUGCCCGCCCUUCGUGGAAAUGGUAUGCGGGCGAUGCAGAACCGCUCACCGGCUAUGCGGUUGGGUCCAAAUAUGAAUGGUGUGAGUCUGGUCAGUUUCCUCAAUCGGUGCGGGACCAUGUGGCGAGGAUUAUAGAAGGCGUCCAGUUUCGCGUGCAGCAUAGUGGUUCUAACAGUGCAUACCAGCUCGUCCGCGGUUUUUAUGGGUUGAGGGAGUUGGCGGACGCCAACCGACCGAAGAAGAAGAAGGCUGGGAGGACCACCCAAAUAGGAGACGCGCCCACUUCUGUUGCGGCUAAGGUGAUUGACCUGUCGACCGCUCCCCAAACGCAGUCUCCCGUGAAACCGUCCGGUGCGGCUAGCACAUCCUCCGUUGCCAUUGGUAGGGCUGCGGGGAAGAGGGUGAUGGAACGCGGGGUCCUUGAGGCGGCUUCGAAGCGCGCCAAGGUUGGCUCCCCUCACACCAAGGCUGGGGAAAAGCUCGGUCCUGCCCCGAAGCGGUCGACCAAGUCCAGCUCCGUGGCGAUCCCUUCUUUGGCUGCGGUCGAUACCGAAGCCGCUGAGUUAGCUCUCCAUACCAUCAGCGAGCUACUUGAGAUGCCUAACGAGUAUAUAGCGACUUCGUCGGAGAGCAACCGUCGUCUGGCCGGGACCGCGUCGCAAUUUUUCUUCAGGGCGCAGAUCGGGUUUUCUCAACUCAUUCUGAUGAAUGACCGCUUGUCAAAGACCGUGGACGAUGAUACGGUCGAGAUCGCGAAUCUGAAGAAAAGCCUGAGUGAGGGUCGAGCAGCCAUGAUAGAGGAACUGCGGUCGCAGAUUGAGAAGGAUUUCGCGGACCAAUUGGCACGCAAGGAUCAGGAACUGGUGUCGGAGAAGGAGGCGACUAAGGCCGUUCGGGAGGAGAAGGACCGCCUCGAAGCCAUGGUGCAAAAGUCGAGCGCGAUUGAGAAGGCUUUGCUUGAGGAACAGGAUAUGCUGCGGAAGGAGAUGGACGCGCUCAAGCUAGAGAAGGCGUCUCUGCUGAAGGACCGCGAGAUAGUGGUGGCCGCUGCACAAGCCGCGGCCGGUCCUGCUUAUUUGAAAUAUGCUGAAUUCUUGGCCUAUGAUAAGGCGAAAUAUAAGGAAGUUGUGGGCAAUGUUGUGGCUGCCAUCCGCCAUCUGAUCCGCGAGGAAUGUCCGGACGUGGCCUGGGACGCAGACCGUGUUUGGGAUGCGAUCGGACAUUGGUCGUCGGACGAUGUGAACUCGGAGGCGGACGACUCCGCGGAUGACGAAGCGGGAGAUGAAGAAGGGUCCGAAGGCGAAGGAGAAGGAGAGACGGGGAGCAGGGGCUCGCCAGGCGUUUGA